UCAAAAGUGUUUUUUUAGUACCCCAAAACGGCCACACUCUUGUUUCGGUUAAUAAUACUAUCGCCAUUCGCGGCCCCAAAACAAAAAACGGUUUGAUCGCGCGACUGUCCGUCAGUUUGGCUGCAGUUUAACCGCCGCAUUUGACGCCCCAAAAAAGUGAAAGUAUUUCUGCAUGCGAAACGCGACAAAGAGUCGCGGAGUGGGAGUGGGUCAGCGAGCAAGAAGAAGCAGCGGCGCAGAAAGAGAGGCGAGGCAGACACAAAAAAGCGAAGCGAAAAUCGGAAAAAGUGCAUUAACGAGGUCGCAAAAAUCACUGCUAAAAGGUCAAUUCGCGUUAGUUAGUCUAGUUAAUUAGUACAGUACGUCCUACGUCCGUGCAAUUCAUACGUUAAAUACAUAUAUAUGUGACCGAAAUCGGUGUGUUCAGUGUGUGCGAGCAAGAAAGAGAAGGCGAGACCGACAUGGGCACUGCAAAGGAGCGAGGAGAGCAGAACGAGGGCGACGCCGCCACCACCCACACAACAACAGCAACAAGAGCAGCGGCAGCUACUAAGGGAGCUUCAACAGCAAUAACAACAACAGCAACCACGACGAAUGCCGCCAAAAAGAUUCGCCGCGCCUUUUCCAUGCCACGCAAUCCCUUCCGCUGGUCGCGCAAGUUUAAAACGGCAGCAGCCGUUACGUCGUCGUCGUCCUCGGGAGUGGAAAACGGAAGCGGCAAGGAUAACGGGAAAGGAGAGCGACGUGGCAGCCACACGGCCAUCUCGUCCUGCGUCGGCGGGGGGCGGGGAAGGAGUGGCAGUAUUGUGUCACUUAGCAGCUACGAGGCUCCCGUCUCGACCACGAACAACAGUAACAUGGCCAACAACAACAACAACAACACCACCGCCAGCAAUGGAAACAGCAGCAGCAAUAACAACAACAACAACAAGAGGGCACGUGCGCUGAGGCGUUCGUCCUUCAGGAAGUUUCUCAACCGGAUCGCUCAGCAUCUCAGCUCAUCAGUGAAUGUGUCGGAGGAGCACCACUCGGCUGCGAGUCGCAUCGCCUUCAUUGAAAUCGUGCCAUUCUACACCGGAUGCUGGCGCAGAAAAGAGGCGAACAAGCAUGGCCAUCCGGCGGGCCCGGGAUCCGCGGCGGGCGGCGGAGCAGGACCGGGCGGGGGGAGCGAGUGCCCCCCAUCGGCGGCUACCAGUGGCCGCCGGACCAGACGCCGGGCGUGAUGGGCCUGAAGAACCACGGCAACACGUGCUUCAUGAACGCGGUGCUGCAGUGCCUCAGCCACACGGACAUCCUGGCCGAGUACUUUGUGCUGGACCAGUACA